GUGACCCACAUGCACUCUCUCAAAGAAACGUUGGAUUUAGGUCAGACCGUCACUUCCGUCUACGACGGCAUCCCGCGGUGAUGUGUAAUACAACAUUACGUGAAGUUUCAAUAGCACUGGUGUAUUUCACAGAAAAAAAUUGUCCGUCUUUUGCGUUCGUGACAUAGAGGCUCGUCAUCGCGGAAGAAAGCAGCGUGGAUAUGUUUGUUUCUAAUACUUCGUAAGGGGUGCGAGUGUUGUGGUCUGCUCAGCGUUCUCGUGAUAGUGUGUCUCGCCUUGGUUUGCAAGCCAGUGCUAUAUGUGUCGAGAGGAACUGCAGGUCUUCGAGUGUUCGCGUGCGAGGAUGCCACAAGACUACAAGUGCGUCAAGUGAAAAAUUCCGUCCUCCGACGUAGCAGCGGACAUGGGGCUGACGCUUAUCGUCCUUCUUGGACUGGCAACAUCCAUCGCAGGGGCGGCAGUGACUUGCCCGAAAAGCCAAACACAGUUAUACCCUUGCAAGUGCACAAGGAGCGAGGACAGCGGGCAGCAUGUUCUCUGUGAUGGCGUCAACCUCGCUAUGAUGUCUAGAGGUCUAAAUAACGUCGAACAUGUCAUCGCGAACCUCACCAUCACCCGCGCAUCCAUGAGGAACCUCUUUGGUGAUGUGUUUCAAAACAUUAAGGUCAUCAACCUUACUGUCAACCACGGUAGUCUCAGUACCAUCUCACCCAACGUCAUGGACAACUUCGUCGAAUCUUUAAAAGCGCUUAGCUUCGAGGAUAAUCAUCUGACUGAAGUACCGGUUGAAUUGAUCAACAGGUUCGGAAAUAUGACGUCAUUAAAUCUCGCACAUAACAGAAUCGAGGUCGUACCCGCAAACGCUUUCCGAGCUUUAAAUAUUCUCCUGGAACUGCGCUUAGAUCAUAACCGCAUUUUCAAAAUUCACGCCGCUGCUUUCACGGGUCUGAACAGGCUCGACACACUUCACCUUCAUCAUAACAACCUUGAAAAGUUCGAAAGGAAUACUUUCCGUACCGUACGACGAACGAAAUAUCUGGAUAUUUCCUACAAUAACUUCACCACAUUUCAGAGAACGGACUUCAAUCAACUGACCAACAUGUGGUUCCUAAACAUUUCAAACAACAGAAUUGCGUCUUUUCCGAGGGCAAUGUUCGUCACUAACGCCAUUUUGAGAGUAAUGAACAUGUCUAACAAUGAGCUCACUGCGGUCGACAUAAACAUGGUAAAAGGAGUUCGAUACUUGCGUGACAUCUACUUCAGGGGAAACAAGAUCAAGACGGUCGACAAAAAGGCAUUCGUGUCAGCAAAGCACCUGCGAACGCUCGACUUGGCUUACAACCAACUAGAAGACAUCGGUUACGAACAAUUUAAAGAGUUUCAAUGGCUGGAGAAACUCGAUUUGAGCUACAACAAGAUUACCAGGAUAGCAAGCGCUGGUUUCCUGAAGAUGUACCAAGUCCACAUCGAUCUCAGCCAUAACAACAUAAGCUACAUCGGAGAAAUGGCGUUCCAGGAACUCUCCAACGUGACGGUGUUCGAUUUAUCUUACAACAGCAUAUCUGGAAUGCCAAAUGAGGCAUUUUACCUAUCCGACGUGACUGCACUGCUUCUAAACCAUAACAAUGUCAGCGACCUCAACAUGGUGCCCAUAGCAAACGUUACAGGAAUCAAGGUCCUCAAUAUCAGCUUCAACAGUAUUGCGGAGAUUAACCGGAAAGCGUUCACAAAAAAGAAGUUGUAUGAGCUACACACGCUUGACCUCAGCUACAACAACAUAACGGAGGUUACAGGGAGUGUGUUCGAAAAACUAGGUGGAAUUAGACACAUCAAUCUCAGUCAUAACGCAAUUCGAAAGGUGGGAUACAAUAUGUUUGGCACAGUGCACACUUUACUAGAUCUGGAUAUCAGUCACAAUAACAUCAGUGAAGUGAGUUACGGUGGCCUGUCGGCUCUGGUGAGUGUACGAUCGAUAAGGGCCAACAAUAAUCGUAUUAGAAAAAUGUUCAGUUUGCCAAUCGCCCUCAAUGAGCUCCACCUGGAACACAAUGAACUUCAGCAUUUCGGUCCGAAUACAUUUGCUUCGAUGAACUCCAUGCUGCGACUUUACCUCGAUCACAACAACCUCACCAGACUUCAAAAAGGGUCAUUCGCAAACCUUCUUACCCUACAAACUCUCUCUCUGGGGAACAACAGCAUUUCAGAGAUUCCAUGGGAAGCUUUGCAAGAUAUGACGUCGCUGCAAUACCUGAACUUUCCGCACAACAAUAUCACGACGCUGCCGAAGAAGGCUUUUGGAAGGCUUCCGGUGGUGUUCGAACUGCAACUCCAGCACAAUCAAAUUAAUAAUAUCAGCGCGAACGCUUUUGAAGGAAUGCUGCAAUUGCUCAGACUGAAUAUGAGCUACAACAACAUUUCUUCUAUUCCUCCAGAAGCUUUCAAAGGCUUAGUUUCCCUGCGCACAUUAGAUCUUUCUCACAAUACGCUUAAUAAACUAGAAAACAAGACGCACGGACUGCUCGACGACUUGCUUUCGUUAGAAGUCAUCAACGCCUCGUAUAACCAAGUGGCGUUCGUAACAGACAAGACGUUCCCAAAAUCCCCCUACAUUCCCUACAAGCUGAGAUUCAUAGAUCUCAGUCACAACUUCUUAUCCGUCCUAACUACGUCAUUUGACGAUGGAAUGGGCAAAGUGGAGCAUUUGGACUUGAGUCAUAAUUUAAUAAACGAGAUGUAUUCCGGUGUACUCAAGAACUUGUCAAGUCUGAAGCACCUGGACAUGUCAGAUAAUGACCUGCGGCAUCUGUCGAAUGAUGCUCUCGUUAUGCCGGACACUCUAGAGUGGGUCGAUGUGAGUCACAACAAAAUAACUGUGGCCGACUUAAAAGGAUUCCUGGAGUCGGAAAACCUGGUGCAUGUAGACCUGAGGUACAACAAUUUCGAGAACUUCGAGGAAGCGUUCAUGGACAGAAUAAAGAACGGGCUGAAGAUAUAUUACGAAGGAAACCCUAUCACCUGCGACUGCAGCAUGAAAUAUCUCCGCCAAUGGUUGACGUAUCGUGUCAACGCUACCGAAUGGCAGGGUGUCAUCUGCCAUGCUCCUGCCAAUCUCGAGAACGAGCACUUCCUCGACGUCAACCCGGACAACCUUCAGUGUCGUUCCAAGGAAAGCCCUGUCUUUGAAGACGUCGUGCCGACAGACCUCAGGUUCCGGGUCGUCGACUCUCCGGCGUCACAUCGUAUACGCUUCGCAUGGUACGUCGCCACGAAAGAAGACGUCUCGGGCUUCAAGGCUGUGGUCAGUGAAGUGCCAUCAAAUCACAUAGCCGUAGAGCAGAACAUUUCUUACCGUCAUCGAGAAUACAGCAUAGAUGGGUUAGGAUCGUCUGUAGAUUACCAGCUGUGCUUGGUGGCGUUGGACUCAACCGGAAAGGCAAGAGAUUUGAGUCCGUUGCAGUGCAGGUCUGUUAGACCUAUGGGAGGCAGUGCUUCCGUUCCCUUUGCUGUGACAAUGGCUGUUGUGUGUUCUGUGUUACUUAGUUUGUUAUGCGCUGGAUAUUGCGCGUAAAGUGCUGACCUCUUAUGCCUCGACUGGUGCCAGUCUGUGAUAACAAUAUAAAUUCAGAGAACUACUUACCUCGCAAGUUAUGGAGGGGACAUUCGUCCGCGGAACAUAAAAUAAGACAAAAAGUGUGGUGUUGUUGACACGCUUGCUCGCUCAUUCCGUCCGUAGUUACGAUGGUUCGAUCUACCAGAUGUUACAAUAAAACACUUUGUUAAUCAUUCAGUA